CCAAGUGAAACUGCUGUGGUAGAAAACAGUCUCUGUGUUCUGUUUUGCGAUCUUGUCUCACGAGUCAGAAUGGCCAUACAGUUGAAGUGGCCCAUUCUCGGAGUCAUUAUCCCAUGUAUUCUCAUUGCGGGAAUCGGCUACGGGGCCCAUUUCUUCGUAUUCAGCCGUCACAUGUCCUUAGUAGACCAGAUCUGGUUUCAGGUUUAUAUGACUAUGGUAUGGAUCUCGUAUAUUCUCGCUAUAGUGAAAGACCCUGGCUCUCCACCCAAAAACUUUCAGCCCAAUCUGGGCGAAUGGAGAAGGUGGUGCAAAAAGUGCCAAAAUUAUAAGCCAGAAAGAACCCAUCAUUGUAAAACUUGUAACAAGUGUGUUCUCAAAAUGGACCACCACUGUCCCUGGACAUACAAUUGCGUUGGCCAUGGAAAUAUUGCUCACUUCUUAAGAUUUCUCUUAUGGGUUAUUUUCACUACAGGCAUAACUUUCGUGGAAUUGAGCAAGCGAGCCGUUCAGUAUUACAAAGACUCAGACUUGCCAUCUUAUCUCAUCAGUAAGUCGGAGAUGUUUGCUGUGAUUUUCUUGCUUCCUGUCGACUUUUUCGUGCUUGCUUCAAUCACAGUUUUGCUUAUACGUUGUGUCAAGGAUAUGUUUUUUAUGGGCAUGACCCAGAUAGAGGGGUGGGAAAUGGAAAGAAUCGAAUCACAGUUCCACACCGAACGUAUGUGGGCUCGGAUCAGAAGAAACUACUAUAAAUUGCAUGGAAAGGAGUUGCCCAGGUUGACCUCGUGGAAUAGAACACAACGAUACUAUGAAAACACUAAGGAUGAAAACACGGUAAAUGACGACGCUAAUGAUAAUGAUCAAUCUGGUGUUCCUGAAGAAUUCACUACAGACGAUUUGAUUUUUCCAUACGACAGAGGGUUGUGGAAGAAUAUUAUUGACUCCUGUGGAAUGCCAUGGACGUGGAUAUUGCCCUGGGGAGGUCCAAGUUCGGAUGGAUAUCAUUUUGACAAGACCGAGUUCAUGGACGAAGACCAGCUUGGUCUACCAUGGCCGCCAGACGGGGGACACCAGGACAUCGAAGUGGAAGAGCCUGAUGUCAGCCAGAUGGUAGUGGGAAACAGAACGAACAUCAAGAUGUUGAAGAAACGUCUUGAUCCUCGGUCUACGAUGAAACGGACAGAAUGGAGGAGCGAUGCUGGAGAAACACUCGAUGAUCUCGGAGUAGAUGUAGAGGCCGAAGAUGAAGAUGAGUUGAUGGUAAAGGUUCAAUAG